AUGUCAUCAAUUCUUCGUUCAACAAAGGGAUUGGUGGCUGUGGUAACGGGUGGUGCCUCAGGUCUCGGUCGUGGCACAGUGGAAACACUAGUUAAGAGUGGGGCAAACGUUGCCAUCCUAGACUUGCCGUCUUCAAAGGGUGCGGAUGUUGCAAAAGAACUUGGAGAGAACGUUCUGUUCUCACCUACGAAUGUAGUCAGCGAUGCAGAGGUAAAAACGGCAUUUGAUAAAGUGAGAGAGAAAUUUGGUUGUUGUCAUGCUGUUGUUAACUGUGCUGGUAUCGCGAUGGCCUUUAAACUCUACAGCGUCAGCAAAAAGAAAAUGGGCGAUUCAGAGAAGAUACAAAGAACCAUUGACGUGAACGUUAUGGGAACAUUCAAUGUCAUACGUCAUGGAGUUGCAUUAAUGGGAGAGAACGAGAAAGAUGAAAGUGGUCAACGUGGUGUAGUCAUAAGCACUGCCUCGGUGGCUGCAUACGACGGCCAAACUGGGCAGUCGGCUUACUCGGCGUCAAAAGGAGCUAUCGUUGGUAUGACACUACCACUGGCAAGAGAUUUUGCUGACGACGGAAUUCGUUUCAUGGCGAUUGCACCUGGUUUGUUCGAUACACCGUUACUGAGCAGCCUUCCAGAAAAGGUGCGAACCUUCCUCUCUCAGCUUGUGCCGAAUCCAUCUCGUAUGGGAAAUCCUGAAGAAUUCGGUGCUCUGGUACAACAUAUCAUCCAGAACCGUUAUUUGAACGGCGAAGUUAUACGCCUUGAUGGAUCUCUUCGUAUGCCGCCAUAA